AUGGCGGACUACUACAACUGGGGCCUGGACCCUACAAACAUACCCAAGGGAUCUGAAUUGCCCCUGCCGCAGCAGCCCAGGAAGCCGCGCACGAGCUGGAAAGAUCGGGUGGGGCGCGCCGCGCUCUGGGUUGGGUUCGGUCUGUCUUGCGUCUCCCUCUACAGACGACACUACGGAAUCGAGAGGACUACCGGGGAGUCCUACCAUGUCGGAGACGUAAAGUGGUGGGCUUGCGAGGAACAGGGUCAUGCUCCGGGUGCGGAGUGCGGGUAUGCCAUCGUACCGCUGGACUACCUCAACACUAGCGCGGGCGUCGCCAAGAUUGCGCUUGGGCGUUACAAGGCCACGGCCUCGAACAGGAAGGGCAGCGUCUUCUUAAACCCAGGAGGACCUGGAGGAGCCGGCAAGCGUCUCGCGACCAUGUCGGGCGCGUACUUCCAACGGCUCGUUGGGGAGGAGUAUGACAUGAUUGGCUUCGACCCUAGAGGUAUCGGGGAGACUGAACCGAAGACGGCGUGCUUCUCGAGCCCGGAAGCACACGCCGCUUUUGUAUCCAACACUGUUCUGGACCGCGGAUACGACGUUGGCCCUAACCUGACCGACCCGCUGAACCGUUACCACCUCAUUGAACAGCAGCGGGACGCGGAUGCUUUAUGGAAGGCGCAGUUUGAGAUCUGCGCCCAGACCAUGGGCGACCAGCUGAAGUAUAUGGGAACUAGCACCGUCGCCCGCGACAUCGACUAUAUCACGACUCUCCUGGAGGGACAGGACGCGUUGAUUAACUUCUACGGGCUUUCAUACGGCACGGUCAUCGGGCAAUACCUCGUCAACAUGUUCCCCGACCGAGUCGGCCGCGUAGUCAUCGACGGUGUCGUAGAUGCCAUUGCCUGGGCCACGCUCCCCGCUUAUAAGUGGGAGCGCCUUUGGCAGACUUCUACAGAUGAAGCAUACAAGAUUCUCUUCUCCGACUGUGCCAGGGCCGGACCAUCCCAAUGCGCAUUGGCGAAGAGUGACGACGACAAGGCUGCUGAUAUCCUCACUCGCGUCGAGGCCUUCCUCGAGAAGUUGUAUCACGAACCUUUGGCCGUACCGAAUGCGCUCAGCCCCGGAAUCCUGACCAACGGGCGUGCACGUCUGUUCCUCCUUGGCGCGCUCGAGUCACCUUCAUCAUGGCCAGGUGCGGCUCGGGCAUUUGCUCAAGCCAUGGACGGUGACGGCACCGCUGUCCUCAACGGCCUAAGCCACACGCAGUACCUGAGUGACCUCGAACGCUCGGCCGUCUCAUGCAACGACAACAAGCCAUUCAAGGCGCCAACCCCCGAAGAAGUCAUCGACGAGCAGCUCGACGUAUUGAAGCACCUCACACGGUUCGCCCUCGCGGUGGUCGUCGCGGAACCCGACGCGGGCUGCCAGUACUGGCCGGUGACGCCCCCGGAGCGCUUCCUGGGCCCGUGGAACCACACCCUGCGGAACCCGGUGCUGAUCAUCAGUAACACGGCUGAUCCGGCGACGCCGCUGUCCAGUGGGAAACUGGUGCAUGAGACGCUCGGGAACUCGUCCAGCCUCCUCGUCCAGGAUAGCCCUGGGCAUUGCUCAUUGGCGUUGCCAUCAUUCUGCACCAUACGGCACCUGCGCGCGUUCUUCGCGAACGGCACCCUGCCCAAGGCGGGAACAGUGUGCAAGGUAGAUGCAUCGCCGUUCCCGCAGCUGGGCAACAUGAAGGCAUACUCUGCGGAGGAGGAAGAGAUCCUCGAGAGCGUGCGGCGGGCUGCGCAGGUCGUCUUUGGGAAUGAUGUUUGAUCGCUGUGCAUCUCGCGGUCGCUGGAUAUGGAUGUAAGAUAGGCGCGGUGGGAAUAUGUAUGUGUGGGCGCUGUGCUUACUGCGUCGGUGGCGAUGAUGCUGCAAAC